UGUAGGAAGUGAUACGAAGCCUGCGCUAACCGCUAAAAGGCAACCAAAGGUUGUGAAUUCAGAGUCUGCUGCAGUUCUUCGGCAAAACGGUUAGAAACACAUCGAAGCACGUAUAACCAAUCGUUCUGAAGCAAUGGCGACGCUGGAUUUCAGGUCUCAGGUGGACCAGUCAUGUCGAUAUUCAGAAGAGUUUGUCAACAUUUACUAUGACUGCAUGGACAAAAAGAGGAGGAAUCUGACUCGUCUCUACCUGGAUAAAGCGACAUUGGUGUGGAACGGGAACACGCUGUCUGGACAGGACGCCCUCAGCGAGUUCUUUGAAACGCUACCAUCCAGCGAGUUCCAGAUUCAGACGCUGGACUGUCAGCCUGUUCACGAACAAGCCACCCAGGGCAACACCACACUGCUGGUGGUUACAGGAGGGAUCGUCAAGUUUGAGGGAAACAAACAACGUUUCUUCAAUCAGAACUUUCUGCUCACCGCUCAGGCUUCGCCGAACAAUGACCAGCCUGUUUGGAAGAUCGCGAGCGACUGUUUCCGAUUUCAGGAUUGGAACAGCUGACAAGCAUGUCAUGUAACCCGUCGUUCCUCUGACACCGUUUCUUUCAGUAUUUUUGUAAUAAAACAAGACAAAAAAUAUAAAAAGAAUUUUAUUCUCUGAAAAUGGAAAAAACACAGAUGAGAUCCCAGACGUCCAAGUGUAGCGUGUAAUUCUUAACAUUUGAAAGACGAGACGCUGGUCGAAGCGUCCUAUAUUUCAUACCGACUCGUUGACUAAACAUGUUAAAUAAAGCCGCGCUGUCUUACAGACUUGUGACGAGAGACGCUGAGAAAGCUGUUUAGUAGUUCAACAUAUUUCCUCAAAUAAAUAAGGUGCUCAUUCAAAGUCUUUUAAGAGGCCUCCGACAGAGGCAACGCAACAUUUCAUGUUAUGUACAUGGCAGGCUUCCUGAGGGAUGUUUUCACACAUUUUGGUCUUCAAUACAAACCGACAAUAAAUAAGAAUACAACGGCCAUUAUUGGCAUCCUCCACGAGCUCUGUGUAAACUUCAGACGGCAGUUUCAGCCAGGUAUCAAAUCGUUUUUUCACUUGUUCUGCGUGACGACACAGGGACAGCAGACUGAAGGCACGUAACAUGAGAACUCCUAUGAUAAAAAACACUAUAACAAGCCUUGUACGCGACUGCUACUCCUCUAUAACUUCACAAAAUUAUUAACAAACAGGAGGACGGUGAGGGUCAUUUCUUCAAUUCGGCAGCAGGUGGUCCUCCAGUGGGUGGCAGUUAAGUGUUGUAAUCCUACACUUGACACAAUGUGAAGCAGCACAGUUGAAUUACUGGUGACUUUGAACAGCAUCAACGUUUCUUCUUACAGUUUCCCAAACCCUUCAGUAACAUCUGCUGUGUGGUUAUUUGCCCCCGUACAUUCGCUCAAUGUGGUCCAGGUAGUGGUUCUUCAGUUCUUUUCUCUUCAGCUUGAAGGCAUCUGUGACCAGACCCGUCUCUGGAGUCCACGGUUCCGGACUCAGAUGCACCUUGACUGGAAUCUCGAAACGCUGGAGUUUAACUGUGAUGACAGGACAGAUGUUAGAAUACUUGCAUUUGAACAGAUGCAGAUGAGCCCUUCUCCACUGUCAAUAUCCCCAUCGACCUCAUGUGCCCCGUUUUCCCACUGGGACUUUCCGGAGCUACACACUGACUUUAGUAGCUAUUGUCUGACCUUGGUUAAUUAUUGUUUUGGUCUGUGAGGGAGAGGACCACAACAUUCCACGACAAAGGCUGUGAGGAUUUUUGGUUUUUAACACUGGCAGAUGAGUGGUAAAGUCCUUAUAUGGCAGUACGUUGCAGUUUCUGCAACAAAACUGAGCUAUUCCAGCAAUUAGUGGAUUAUAUAAAUGAGUGUAUCCACAGAAAGAUGUGAGCUUACAUAGUGUUGUACAGUUAAAUUGAAGCUCUGCUUCACUGUCUUGCAACUCUGGCUCCAAAUCGGGACCAAACACACGCAGGCCAACUUGUAGUGCAGCCAUGUUUCUCUGACGACGAUGAAGGCUUUUGCAGUCUCGCUUUAACACAGCAGAUUUUCUAUCGGUCGGGAGCAUGUUGGAGGCCAUUUUCAUGUUGUCCUCAUCAUUGAUCCUAGUCAUUAUGUUGCGAUUGUGGCGGCCAUUUUGGAAACUUUCAACUAGAUAACCUCAUAAAUACUUUUCAUACCAAGCAACUCCAAAACUUAAAACUGCAAAAUUAUAAGAAGAAGAAAUUCAACAUGUUAGCAAACAGUGCUGUUGACGUGUCAUUGAGAUUGUAAAUGUUGCAGAGAGCAGCCACUGUCUUAUAGUGUCAGCUCUUUCAGGCACUACAACCGUUGCAGUGCAUCACUGAACUGUGUUUCCAGUGGUGGACCACGACUCACUUCAGCACAGGUGACACAUGCUCCAUAGCUUCUCUACUUGAUCAGACCUUUGCAAUACUGAAACGCAUGCGGAGACUCUUACUGCUGGUGGCGACGGCCUUGAUCUCCUUCAGAACAGCACUCUCCAUCUCCGGGUGCGUGCAGAGCUCCUCCCACUCUGCAACUAUUCCUUUUUGUUUGGCCAGCUCGGUCAGCUUCUUCUGGUUUGGCACCACGAAGCUGAUGACGUAGUUCUGCUCACUGAACACCAGAGGUGGGUUACCAGCUUGGUCGAAGUCAUGAAGCCUGUUGAGGGACUCACCUGUUUGCGUACGCGCAGAUGUUAUCGAUGAGAGAGCUGCUCUUCAAAGCCGACUCCACCUUCCCCAGGGACACGUACUCCCCGGCCUGCAGCUUCACCAAGUCUUUCUUGCGGUCUGCAAUGCAAGACAGAAGUCGCCUUCAGAACUUCCUCAAAGAGCUGUCACAAGCCCAACCACAGUGCCGGCUUAUACAAGCGACAACAUUCCUUUCACAAGUGCGUGACGGAAUGAAACGCACCCACGAUCUGAAGACAUCCGUCCGGGUAGAUCUCUCCGACGUCGCCCGUGCAGAACCACCUCUGACCCUGCUCG